AUGCGAAUAGUCCUAAGCCUCUACCUCGUUACAUGGAUAUCAGCCGGUAUAAUCGACGAUCUCCCGCAUUGUGCACGGAGUACGGUAAUGGAGGGUGAAAUCCGCGAGUACGAUAACAUGGGACGGCCCAAGAUUUACAGCGCUGUGCAACUUUCAAUGGCAUUGCACGAAGUGGCAUGUAUGACCAUUAAGAUGAACGACAGUGAGUCAUCCAUUCUUCAUACGUUGGAAUUCUUGCGGUUGGAACAACAUCACCCCGUCUCGGGUAUGUACCAAUUCGGAAUUCCCAAAAUUACCUCUUCUUGUAUUUGUGAUUGUGCCGGUGGUGAUGCUCCAUGUAAGAUGAGCGAAUAUAAUUACCGGAACUGCUCCUCAGGUGCUCUUUGCUACCGUACCUAUCAUCCAGUGCAAUCAAACGUCGGCUGUCUGAGCGAACAAAAAAGUGAGGCAUGCUGUCAGUUACGGAUUGAACCGUUCAAAGAUUGGUUAUUCACAGCUAUCAAGAUCAAUCAGCCAGCUACAGUACUUGUGUUCAAGUAUAAUAUCUACGAUCGCUUUGGCAAUCGAUGGAGGAGAGCAUCGGAAGAAGUGGUCGAGGUGCCGAUGAAUCGAGGCAUAUUCAAGUUCGACUUCAAUAACAUUCAUAAAAUCGAAAUGGUUGUUUCGGGUAGUCGUCCAAACAGAGAACUGCAACCAGGAAUGUACUUCCUCAGAGAAGGAACGCAUGAACUCCGAGGAUUUGUACCUAUAAAUGAUAUCGGUGAGAGUAACCUGGAAAAGUUGGGCUGGAUGCGGUACACGGACGGAAAAUGGGACAUCCGAAAUGGUCUGGUGAAAAUCAAGCAAGCUCAUCACGUGAACGUGGCCGAUUGCAAGCAGCAGAUCUACACGUCAACUAUAAACGGAGAGCAAAUGGUUCUUGUUUCGGGAAAUGAUGUCGAUGAAAGCUAUGACCUCGGUAGACCAUUGACCGAUGAUCCAUGGAUAGAAACGGCUGUUUAUCAGGAUCGAGCUGUACGGGUCGAACACGCCGAAGGGACCAGCAUAACGGUGCAUAUGACGUCCGAAACUCGCCCACAUAUGCUUCGUCACAUCUCCCAGUUGGAGUCAUUUGAUGGGAUGAUUCAAGUAGACCGCGACAGCAAUCGUUAUCUGAACAUCUCUUUUUUGGGAUCAAAAGGUACUUUGAUCGGGAACAUUUUCUCUUCAGAAAAGAAGGAUCAAAUAGAUAUGGCCUUUUCAGUUCAAGUGGACUCGAAAGUGCAUCACUACCGAUCCAUAAUAUCGAUCCCAUCGUCCAUAAACAGCAGUCGAUAUGUUUGCUUUCACCCCUCGGGUGAUGUGAAGGGUGAAAUUUGCAAAUGGUUCAAGUACGAAACUAAACAACUCAACAGCUACCGUGUUGCUCAUCGCUGGCAGAGAGGGCAAGGAGAUUGCGGCGGGUGUAACGAGCGUGGUGUGGAGAGCUUCUUAACGUCGUUGGACCCUCGACAAUGGUUCAACGGCAUCUCGACUCCAGUAGAGGCCUUUACCAUGGCUGUAGAGCUGGUCAUCGCCGUCUGUUUACUGUUGCUUUUCGUCGGUAUCUGUACUAAAUGCCUUAUUCCUCUUUUACGGUGUACUUUCUCAGUCAGUAAAACGCCAAAGAAAUAG